AUGGUGCGCAUGAAUGUCCCGGUAGAUGCUCUCAAAAGCAUCAACAAUGCAGAAAAACAAGGAAUAUGCCAGGUUUUCAUUAGGCCAUGUUCUGAAGUAAUCAUCAGGUUCUUAACUCUCAUGAUGAAGCAAGGUCACAUAGGUGAAUUUGUGAUCAUCGGUGAUCACAGAACUGGAAAAAUUGUUGUGAAACUCACAGGCAGAUUAAAAAAGUGUGGUGUAAUCAGUCCCAGAUUUGAUGUUCAAUUGAAAGAUCUGGAAAAGUGGCAGAAUAAUCUGCUACCAUCCCAUCAGUUUGGGUUCAUUGUGCUUACAACCUCAGCUGGCAUCAUGGACCAUGAGGGAUCAAGAUGA